AACACACUCAUUUCAAACCCCAAAAGCCUUUUAAAAAGGCCAGUGAAACUACUCUACUAAGAAGAAUCUCUAUACCAAAACAAAAUGGGUUCUGGCUCUGGGAAUAGUGAAAACUUUCUCCAAGUUGUCCUCAAGAACUUUGAUGUUCUUGCUUUGCCUCUAGUCUCUCUUCUUUAUCCUUUGUAUGCUUCAAUUAAGGCCAUAGAGACCAAGUCUCGUACUGAUGAUCAGCAAUGGCUUACUUACUGGGUUCUCUAUUCUAUGAUCACACUCUUUGAGCUCACUUUUGCCAAACUCAUAGAAUGGUUCCCCAUUUGGCCUUAUGCUAAGCUAAUUUUGAUGUGUUGGUUGGUGUUCCCACAAUUUAAUGGGGCAGCAUAUGUUUACAAGCACUACAUUAGACCAUACUAUAUGAACCCACAAGCUGCUCAAAUUUGGUAUUUGCCACGAAAAAAGAACAUUUUUCGAAAGCAAGAUGACAUCUUAACUGCUGCUGAAAAGUAUAUUGAACAGCAUGGAACUGAAGAGUUUGAAAGGCUUAUUACCAAGGCUGACAGAGAAGCAAGAACAAGGAGAAACAACAACAAUUACACGAUCUUUGAUGAUGAUUAUAUGUAUUGAGUUGCAGUUAGUUUAUGGUUUUAUUAUUAUUAUCAUCAUAUUAUUAUAUUAUGUUUGCCUCUAUUCUGUUCUAAUGUAGUUUUUCAUCAACUGGUAUUUAGGCUUCUUUCCUUUUUAUGACUAUGAGUCUUCCAUUACAUGGGUUGGCUUUGUUUAAACUGUUUGGAGUAUGAAAGUAUUGAAACUCCUUUAUUAGUCUCAA